AUGCGAUGCACGAGCAAGGCCGCCGAAAGCGCGUCCGCACGUCUCUGUGCGGACGCCGAAGCAGAAACUACAGCAACCGAUGUCUCAUCGGUUGCUGAAGCGACCCAGCCUGUGUCACUUGGUGAUGCAGGCGCUGGUCAUGAAGACACUCAUGUCUUAACAGAGUAUGAGCUCGGUGUCUCAUACUCUCCUGAUACGGAAGACGGAUCCGUAUCGACGGCGAUUGAAUCCAAGCCGCCUGCCAAGCGUGGCAUGGACGAUACUUUGCGUCGCAGCAUCUUUGGCUCAUCUGACGAAUCAGAUGAACCAUCGCCGAAGCGAAGGCGCUCGAGGUCGCGAGACUCGGGCGCUAACAGUGGUGUCGGUUCUCCUAUGGACACCACUUCACAGCGAGGUGCCCGUACUUCUGUCGGCACGUCGCAGGAAGAGCGGGACCGCAAUGUGUUGCGUCUCGCUCCCGAGAAGAAGGCAUGGAUGCAUCCUAAAUCCGUCAUGGAUCACUUUUCGGCGACGACGAGUGAUCGUUAUCGAACACGAUUGUUCGAUUCGUCAAGGAUCCAUCACCUUGACCCCAGUGCGAAAAACUAUCGCGCUGAGAAUGAGUUCUUCAUCGAUGCUUUCUUCAAUCAUCGAUGGUACAGUGGGAAUCACAAACGUGAUGGUCCCUCACUACUUCAGGCGUGGAACGCCUACAUCCAUAACCUUUUGAGGAUGUAG